CCGACGCUUUGUUUAUCAACCGCUAGUAUGAAACCAGCUAUCAGAAGACUUGGAUCUGAAAAUGGGGGGUCUAAAGUAACCCCAGAAGCCGCUGUGUCUUUCACAAGACUCACCGUCUGGUUGACUUGUAUCUGGGCGCCAACAGGAAGACUCAAUUUGAUACUCUUCGAAGCUUUUUUCUGGUUUUCUAUUUUUUUGUCUGUGGGACUCUUUUUCCCGCUGAUAGUAUCUGUGAUAAAGUUUAUCGAUGAUACCUUUGUGGUUAUGAAAUCAUUCAUCCUCAUUUCGGGGAUUGUUAACUUUGUGCUCAAGGUUAUUGUCUGCAGGAUUUACCGGGAGGAACUGCAGGAGCUUGGAGGGUCAUUGAAUGAUUUUAUAAAAAAUGCAAGUCAAAAUGACAGAUUGUACUUACAAAAAUACGUCAACAAGUGCUGGAUAUUCCACGGAUACAUGACAUGCAGUUACUACAUGACGACAACCGCGGUGUUGAUGGGACCUCUGGUGCUACCUGAAAAAUUUCCCAGUGACGCUGUUUACCCUUUUUCUGUGGACCAUCCCGUAGUUGCUACGAUUGUUUAUGCACAUCAGUGCAUUGUUGGGUACCAAUGCUCCGCUGGAAUGGCUCUCGACUGUCAAGCUGCUUUAUUUCUCUGGUACCUGAGUUCGAGAUUUGAAAUACUUAUUUCAGAAAUAGACAACUUAAAAUCUCUAGAUGAAAUGCGGGAUUUUAUCAGAACACAUCAGGAAAUCUUGCGGUUUGCUAAGCAGGCUAUUCGGCCAAUUAGGCUUAUUGUUCUUACCACAGUGACUAUGACGAAAGUUGGGAUGAUUUUUGGAGCCAUUGUUCUUAUUUCGGACGAACCAAUUACUGUUAAAGUUCAGUUUGCUAUAUUAGUCGUCAGUGCGACGAUAAAUAUUUAUGUUUGUACUUGGGCCGCUGAUAAUUUGCUAACUGUAUCAAGUGAAUCAGUCUCAGAAAAAAUCUUCAGCACAACAGCAAUGCACUCACCAGUCAUAAGAAAGCUCUGGCUGUCAGUAAUCCACAGAACGCAAAAGCCAAUAACGAUAAACAUUCCAGGUUUUCUAGAGACCCUCUCCAACGAGUUCUACUCAAAUUUUCUUUCAACAGCGUUUUCCUACUUUGCGGCAAUGCACGCAGUAUUUAUUUAUCGAACAAUUUUCCGAAACAAGAGAACAAUGUACGUCGAGCCGGCGACUGUAGUCCACAUUCUGUCGAUUCUCGGAAGACUGACGUCGAUUUGGCCUCCGGAUCCAAAAAUCUCCAGAGUAUCAAAGUUAGCUAGAGAAUUUUUAUGGAGCGUUUUCUUUUUGAACGUCAUCGCGCUUCUUGUUCCGCUGAUCUUGGGCGCGUACUUCAACAGGAAGGAAAUUAUUUCGAUGAUGAAGUCGCUGUCGGAAUUGACGGCCUUGGGCGACGUCUUUUUCAAUUUGCUGAUCUGCAAAAUUCAGCGGCGGCAAUUGUAUAUUUUGCUGACAGAAAUAUCAGACUACAUAAAACUGUCAAAGGGAAACGAGAUGGUGAUUUUCCAAAAAUACGUAAGCCGCUACUUUUCCUUCUGCGCUUUCGUGGGGCUCUCCUAUUUCCAAACGGCAAUUGCAUUUUCCUGCGGCCCAAUUUUUAUGAAGCAAAUUUUGCCAGCAGACACUUGGUACCCGUUUGACAUAAAGCCUUUUACGACCAGACACUACGUCAUUUACUUCCAGCAAAUUUUGGCGAUUUUGCAAACGGGCUUGGGAAUUACUGUGGAUUUUACAGUUGCGCUGUUACUGAGCUACUCUUCAACGAGACUAGAAAUUCUGUCACAGAAAUUAGAAGAAGUUUCUAGCAAUGAAGAGCUCAAAAUUUGCAUUAUUGAACAUCAAAAUUGCAUACGGUUCGUAAAACAACUUUCGAAGCCAGUUAAAUACAUUAUUCUAAAAAGCAACGCAACAAUGGCAAUGGCGGUCAUUUUUGGCGCGAUUCCGCUUAUCUAUCGCCAACCUCUUCCAGUGCUGUCGCAAUUCAUUCUAAUGGUAGUCGGCGGAUGUUUGAGACUGUAUAUCAGCGCUUGGCCAGCGGACGACUUGCGAGCGAUGAGCGAAAAAGUCGCCUGGUCGAUCUACAAGUCCGCGUGGAUUGGGAAAUCGAUAGAAAUGCAGAAAUCUACGUUGACGAUGAUCCGUCGGGCCCAAAAACCUCUGGUGAUAUCAAUUGUCGGUGUUCUUCCAGCUCUCACUCUCCAAUUUUACGCAACAUUUCUGUCCAGUACUCUCUCGUACUUUAUGACUUUGCGCGCCGUACUUGGAGAAUAAUUUUUUGGGAAUUUAGUCUAGUUUAUAAAAAUUGUUUUAUUUUAUUUAUUUUAAUGUAAAGUAU